CACAGUUGAUACCGCAGCUCCCCAGUCGCAGCUCCCUCAGUUGUACUCUCUGACUUGCCAGUUAAGACUUUGUAUCACAACCAUUCACCCGAUGACUAUGCUUUCUGACUUACCUAUCGAAGUUAUUUUGGAUAAUGUAUUGCCUUGGCUUGCAAUUCCAGAUCUCAUCCAUCUGGGACAAACAGAUCACUUCUUUGCGCGAUUGUGCAACGAUGAGACAUUCUGGAAGAGGAAGUUGGAAGAGGAUUUCAAUUUUACAGACGAGAGGACCGCACGAAUAAGCGGAUGGAAACAUCUCUAUAGAGGUUUGCUCAACCCCAAGACUUACGUAUGGGGCGAAACUUCAAAGGGAAGAUUAGGAUUGAGGAAAAUACCAAGCACAACUCUUCAUGAUGUUCCCUACCCGGUUGAGUUGCAGAUCAAAUCAGGCGCGCGUAUAGUCAGCCUCUCAGCCGCUGGAUGGGCAUUCUUUGCACUGGACUCUGCUGGUAGCGUGUAUGUGUGGGGAACUUUGAAUGGCACCUCGUAUGCUCUACAACACGAUGGGUACUCCGAACCGGCAAAACCAGCUCAUACACCGUUGAGGCUUGAUAUGCCAUCUCCUACGCGGAGCAUUAGUUGUGGGCGGCUGCAUGCCACUACGCUGGACGAUCAGCAUCACGUUUGGACCUUUUUAAGCUGGGGUCGUCCCUUCAGGCUCGACACACCGGCACUCAACGCAACAACGUUGGAUUCUACACCUGUGCUGGUUGAAUCUGGCUGGAACUUUUCGUCAGUCCUUACCAAAUCUGGUGAUGUGUAUGUGUGGUGGCCGUUCGCUGCACCUCUCAAGGACGUCAUCGCUGCACAAGAUGUGGCUAUGGAUGCCGCGAACCAAAAGGCUCACGCUACAGAGGAUGGUGUUAUCCCAUGCUCGACAUGGGAGCUUCGCCAAGAACCCACAAUGUUACCACCGCUGCCUCAACUACCGGAGCUCCCACUUGGGUUAGCGGAACCUGUGAAACUUGUUAAGCUUGCAGCUUUGGAGAGUAGGCUCAUCGGUUUGACUAAUCAUGGUCAUGUUCUCUCGAUUCCUGUUGAAAGCGAUGUUGCCGUUCGGUCUGAGAGAUGGGAAUAUCUUCCUAACUUCUCUGAAGUCGACAAGGUUCAGCAGCACCCCGCUUAUGUUUCUUCCCAGUUGAAGCCGCCGCAGAGCUUGCGAAUAUCUCAUAUCUCUGCGCAAUUUCAAACCUUUGUUGCUUAUUCUCCCGGUUCCAGUUCUGUCAUUCUCUUGGGUUCUCACGAAACACAUGCCAAUUCGAAUCCUUUGAUUCUCCCCGCACUUCAAAACAACGACGUUAUCUCUGUUGUUCUUGGAGAUUACCAUUACGGUGCUCUUACAUCCACCGGGAAGCUUUUGACGUGGGGUGAAUAUUCUCGAGGUGCACUCGGCCUCGGUGAUCCUGGCCAGCUUCCUCCCGGUCAGCCAGGGGGCUACGGAACUGAAGCACGCAGGAGCGCUGCUGUCGCCAACGGCGGUCCGUAUCCUCCGGGCAUCUCCGAGCCCGCGGAGGUCAGCUUUGGUCACGGGAAUGCACAGAGGGAUAAGAUGUUUUGCUUUGCUAUAGCGGCUGCUGGGUGGCACAUGGGAGCUCUCGUCAUUGAUUUGGAGCCACCCACGGAUGUUCAGAAUGAUAACGACGAAGACGAAGGCCCUCCCAUGCCAGGACGGUUUCCUCGGUCUCGCGAAACGGGGGAGUCCCCGCAGGACUAUCCUGGGGAGCCAGGUCAGUGGGGCCCGCCUAUAAUGGCCAGAGGGUUUCGAAUCGGGUUUGCCGGAAGAGGCGCCAUCAGGGGUGGACAUUUGGGUCGCGGCCGUGGCCGUGGCCUUUGAGAGUAAGAACCAAACUUAGGGUUCAUAAGAAUCGAUGGGCCACUUCUCAUGCUUAGAUGCGGGCGUACGGCCGUAUCAUAUCAUGUUUCAUUCUGUCUCUUGAUCACAACCUUUUGAUGGCA